AAAGCAAUAGCUAGAAAACGUGAUUGGUUUGGUCCUGGAAGUAGAAUUGUUAUAACAACAAGAAAUCAACAUUUGCUAGAGCAAGUCGGAGUGGAUGGCAUAUAUAUGGCUCAAGAAAUGGAUGAAAAAGAAGCUCUAGAGCUCUUUGGUUGGCAUGCCUUUGAAAGUGGUUAUCCUAAUCAAGAAUAUCUUGACCUCUCAAAACGUGUAAUUCGUUACUGUCAAGGCUUGCCUCUAGCACUUGAAGUUGUGGGGUCUUUUCUGAUUAAAAGACCCAUAGCAGAGUGGGAAAGCCAUUUGGAGCAAUUGGAAAGAAGUCCUGAUGGAGAUAUUCAAAAAAUACUCAGAAUAAGCUAUGACGGGCUACCUGAUCAUACAAAGAGAGAGAUGUUCCUUGAUAUAUCUUGUUUCUUUAUUGGAAUGGACAGGGACUAUGUCACACAAAUAUUUGAUGGAUGUGGCUUUUCUGCAACGAUAGGAAUCAGUGUCCUCAUUGAACGGUGCCUUGUAACUGUUAGUGAGGAAAACGAGCUGAGGAUGCAUGAUUUGCUUCGAGACAUGGGAAGAGAGAUCGUUUAUGAAAAUGCCGAUGGUCACCCUGAAAAUUUUAGUAGACUAUGGAAACGUGAAGACGUAAAAGAUGUGUUGAGCGAUGAAUCUGGAACUGAAAAAAUUGAAGGAGUUGCUCUACAUUUGGAUUUGGAUGUAGAUUCGGAUGUAGAUUCAGAUCUAGAUUUGAACAGAUUCAGUGCACAAGCGUUUACCAAGAUGAAAAAACUGAGGUUACUCCACCUCAGCAACGUAGAGCUCACUGGAGAGUACAAAGAUUUUCCCAAAAAGUUAAUAUGGUUGUGUUGGCAUUAUUUUCCUUUAGAGUCCAUACCAGAUGACUUUCCUACGCAACCAAAACUAGGUGCUUUAGACCUGCGGCAUAGCAAACUCAAAAUAGUCUGGAAGGAUUGCAAGUUGCAUCAGAAUUUGAAAAUCCUUAAUCUCAGUGGUUCCCGUCGGCUAACAAAAUCACCAGACUGUUCAAAACUCCCAAAUCUCGAGGAAUUGAUAUUGGAAGACUGUGAGAGUUUGUCUGAGGUUCACUCAUCCAUCGGGGAUCUUGGAAGACUUUCUUUGGUAAAUCUUAAAGGUUGCAGAAUCCUAAAGGAUCUCCCAGUGAAUUUCUAUAAAUCCAAGUCUAUUGAAACUCUUAUACUGAAUUGUUGUUCAAGUUUUAAAACUUUGGCUGAGGGCUUAGGGUACAUGGUAUCAUUGACAACUCUGAAAGCGGAUUACACAGCCAUCAGACAAAUUCCAUCUUCCAUAUUAAAAUUGAAGAAACUGAAAGUUUUAUGUCUUGUGAAAGGGUUGCCAUCAACAAAUCUUUUGCUUCCUUCAUUGCAAAGUUUAAGCUCUUUAAGAAAAUUAGCUCUUGCAAACUGCAGUUUAACUGAUGAUGCAUUCCUCAAGGAUCUCGGUAGCCUAAUUUCCUUAGUACAUUUAAAUCUUGACGGCAAUUACUUUUGCAGCCUACCAAGCCUCAGUCGUCUUUCACAGCUUCAAGAUUUGUCUUUACAUGACUGCGUAAAUCUUCAUGCAAUCCCAGAUUUACCAACAAAUUUGAAAUUCUUACGAGCAGAUGGCUGCAUUGCAUUGGAAAAAAUGCCAGAUUUUUCAGAAAUGUCAAAUAUAAGAGAAUUGUAUCUAAGUGAUUCGUUCAAACUCACUGAGGUUCCAGGCUUGGAUAAGUCAUUAAACUCCAUGACAAGGAUUCAUAUGGAAAGCUGCACCAAUCUGACUGCCGAUUUUAGGAACAACAUCCAACAGGGAUGGACUUCUUCCGGAUAUGGUGGAAUUUUUUUCAAUGGAAUUUAUGAUAUUCCUGAGUGGUUCGAGUUGGACGAUGAUGUGCAGAAUAUCGUCUUCUUUGAAGUUCCUCGAAGAAUCAUGGGUCGUGAUUUAGAAGGGUUGACUAUAUGCUUCGUUUACUCAAAAUUCUUAUUUCAUUGGUAUGAUCAAGGUCACAUUGGCAUUAUCGUUAGAAAUCUUACCAAACAAACUGCUUUGCACACCCGGAUGGCAUUUGGCUCGGUUUUAACUUGGAGUGAACGUGAAGACGGUUAUCUUUGGCAGGGACAAUUGUCAAAUGAUGUGCUACGUUUGCAAGGCGGGGACCAAGUCUCCAUUCUUGUAAGGCCUCUAGUUGAUUUUGUGAGAGUGAAGAAGACAGGGGUUCAUCUAGAAUGGGACAAAGUCAUGAAGGAAAAUAUGGAUAAUCCGGAUCCUCAUUUGUAUGAUUUGGAAACAAAUCCGGAUUUUUCAGGGGGAGUUGAUGACGCAUUUUUCAGGGGCAGUGUUAUACAUGAACAAUUAGCAGUGGAACCAUAUCUAGAUUUUUUUGGGGGAACUGGUAAUGAGGCAGGACGGAGCCAUGACGCACUGCCGGAUGAUGGAGCAGGACGGAGCAAUGACGCAUUUGUUCGAACUGAUCAAUCGAGUGUUGUGGAUGAACAAUUCGCAUUGAGUCCAUUUCAAGAAAUUGUUGUCACCGAGACGAAUGGUAACCAUACUGAGCAAGCCAACAAUCUUGAUGGAUGAAAAAUAACCCAUGAUGAAGCAGAGAGAAAACCCUAGAAUUGAAAUUGAGAGAGAGAAACAGAGAGAAGCAUUGAGGGCGCUGAUACCAUGUUAACCAACAUAUUCAAAGAAGUAUGACGAAGAUACCUGAAGAAGAAGGAAAGAGAAACAGAGAGAAAUUGCAAACUUGAUUUCUUUGGCAGGGACAUUUGUCAGACGAUGUGCUCCGUUUGGAAGGCGGUGACCACGUAUCGAAUCUUGUAAGGCCUCUAGUUGAUUUUGUGAUGGUUAAGAGGAUAGGGGUUCAUCUAGAAUGGGACAAACUUGUGAAGGGAAAUAUCCAUUCGGAACUUGAUUUGUAUGAAUUGGAAGAUGAGCCUCUCGCCCUUGUAUCCAUUCGUAACUUGUUUCAAAAAUUAAUUCUUCUUUUGUUAUCAUCAGGAAUACUUCAAACUUCUUUUCGUUUGUCAAAUCUGAUCAUGUGCUUCUUUUUGUUU